GGGGGGGGGGGGCAAGGCAAGGCUCGAGACGCGCUGAGAGGAGAACGCGACGGGAUUCCAGCACGCGCCGGUCCCGCAUCCUGUGGCUGGCGCGCGGCGGACCGUUGGUGCCCGGGAGGGCUCGGAGGCGACGGCCGCCCGCUGCAUCUUGCAAUGCCACGCCGUAGUCGUUGUGGUGGGGGGAGCUAGUUAGUUUGGGGGGAAAAAAACGGGGGGAGAGAGAGAGAGAGAGGAAAAUAAAUCGCCCACAUGCGCUGGAAUAACAGGAUCUGGGAAAAGAAGAAGAAGAAAAAGGUGUUGAAGUUUUUUCAUUCAGUGCGGGGCUCUGUGGCUGGGGGAAGAUGGCGGACUGGAGGUGAUCGGCGAGGCUCGGGUUCUGAUUUAGUCUCUUCUCCCGAUUCUCCUCCCCCCGUGCGGCCAGAGUUCUGCGAUCGGACACAUGCAGGCCAAAAAACGCUACCUUCUGUUGUCAGCCGGCGCCGGUCUGCUGUUGCUCAUCUACCUGGCAGGAGUGCGGUUCGGGCGGCUGUCCGCAGCGAGGAGGCAGAGCCGGCGGUGGGCUGCGGCCGAUGGCUCCCCGUCGGCUCCCGACCGCUGGCCUGAGUGGUCCAAUUCACUGCAGAGUUUCUCGGUCGGGGACCAGCCCGAGAAUGAAGAGUUCAGUCAACGCGGCUCCCCCCGGCACAAGAGGGAGAUUAACACCAGUGUCUACAAGGGCAAGAAGUGCCGCAUGGACUCUUGCUUCGACUUCUCUCUCUGUCACAAAAACGGUUUCAAAGUCUACGUCUACCCGCAGCAGAAAGGGGAGAAAAUGUCCGAAAGUUACCAAAACAUCCUGGCAGCCAUCGAGAACUCUAAGUUUUAUACCUCGGACCCGAGACAGGCUUGUCUCUUCGUGCUAAGUUUGGACACUUUAGAUCGCGAUCAGCUUUCGCCUCAGUACGUACAUAACCUAAAAACUAAAGUUCAGAGUCUGUACUUGUGGAACAAUGGCAGGAACCAUUUGAUUUUUAAUCUCUAUUCUGGAACUUGGCCCGAUUACACGGAGGACCUGGGAUUCGAUAUCGGCCAGGCGAUGUUGGCUAAAGCCAGCAUCAGUACUGAAAAUUUUAGAAGCAAUUUUGACGUUUCCAUACCGCUCUUUUCUAAAGAGCACCCAAGGACCGGAGGCGAAAAGGGUUAUAUGCUUUUCAAUAACAUCCCUCCCCUGCGAAAGUACUUACUGGUAUUUAAAGGGAAAAGGUAUUUGACUGGCAUAGGUUCUGAUACCAGGAAUGCCUUAUAUCAUGUCCAUAACGCAGAGGAUAUUGUCCUCUUAACAACCUGUAAACAUGGAAAAGACUGGCAGAAACAUAAGGAUGCCCGCUGUGACAAAGACAACAGUGAAUAUGAAAGGUAUGAUUAUCGUGAAAUGUUACACAAUUCCACUUUCUGUUUGGUUCCACGUGGCCGUAGAUUGGGAUCUUUCCGGUUUCUGGAGGCUUUACAGGCUGCAUGUAUUCCAGUGAUGCUAAGUAAUGGAUGGGAGCUGCCAUUUUCAGAAGUAAUUGACUGGAACCAAGCUAUUGUCGUUGGGGAUGAAAGGUUAUUGCUGCAGAUACCUUCAACAAUAAGGUCUAUUAACCAUGACAAAAUCCUAGCACUUAAGCAACAGACACAAUUCUUAUGGGAAGCAUAUUUUUCUUCAGUUGAGAGGAUAGUAUUGACUACAUUAGAAAUAAUUCAAGAUCGAAUUCUUAACCAUAUAUCUCGCAAUGGUUUAAUUUGGAAUAAACCUCCAGGGGGAUUAUUUAGUCAACCACAGUAUUCAACGCAUCUAGGAGAUUUUCCUUUUUAUUAUUCUUAUUUAGGUAUAAAGCCUUCAUCUAAGUUUACUGCGGUUAUCCACGUAGUGACUCCGCUGGUUUCGCAGUCACAGCCAAUAUUAAAGCUCCUAGUAGCUGUUGCUAAGUCCCAAUAUUGUGCCCAGGUUAUUGUGUUAUGGGACUGUGACAAACCUUUGCCAGCCAAACAUCGGUGGCCCUCCACUACUGUCCCUGUGUUGGUAAUUGAAGGGGAAAAUAAAGUUAUGAGUAGUCGUUUUCUUCCCUAUGAUGCCAUCAAUACGCAUGCAGUACUUAGCCUUGAUGAAGACACUGUUCUUUCUACCACUGAGGUGGAUUUUGCCUUCAUUGUGUGGCAAAGCUUCCCUGAAAGAAUUGUGGGAUACCCAGCUCGCAGUCAUUUCUGGGACAGCACAAAAGAAAGAUGGGGUUACACAUCUAAAUGGACCAAUGAUUACUCUAUGGUCCUAACAGGCGCUGCUUUCUACCAUAGGUACUACCAUUACCUGUACACUCAUUAUCUGCCUUCCAGUCUAAAAAACAUGGUGGAUCAACUGGCCAACUGUGAAGACAUAUUGAUGAACUUCUUGGUUUCAGCUGUCACCAAGCUGCCUCCUGUUAAAGUCACUCAGAAAAAACAGUAUAAAGAGACAAUGAUGCAGCAGUCCUCCAGAGCUUCCCGAUGGGCUGAUCCUGAUCAUUUUGCUCAGCGACAAACCUGCAUGAACACGUUUGCAACUUGGUUUGGAUUCAUGCCUUUGAUCCACUCCCAGAUGCGACUAGAUCCAGUUCUCUUCAAAGAUCAGGUCUCCAUACUGCGAAAGAAGUAUCGGGACAUUGAGCGGCUCUAAUGACUCAUUGAUUGUUGGAUAGCACUCUGAUUAAAGCCAGCUUAAAGAACACCCCUCCUGAGCUCAGCAAAUAAUGUUGUCCAAAGUGACUAAGGGCAGUUAGUCCUUGAUGAACCUGUCAGACUGACUGAAGAAGAUUUCUGCUAUCAGCUUAUUGAUUAACAGAUCUAUAUGACCAUUAGGAUUUUUUAAAAUCGUUUUAUCAAUCCAGUGUAACAGGUCUAAUACCUUUUCAGGAGGAAUAUAAAUUCAAAGUCCAUGAAUUGAAAGUGUGAAAGUCAAUAAAUAAUUAUUUCAUCUGCACUGUGAAGAACCAAGUGAAACACUAUUCGGUUGAUCAUAAACGCGUGUCUUAAAUUUUGGUCUGAACUUAUCUUAAAGCUUAUUUAUACCACUUAAGCUAAAUACGAGUUAGGAAAACUGAAUUAUGUUUUGGAAUGUGUAAUCAUCAGACUUGUAUAGGAAUGGGCACUAAGGCAGUUGUGACUAAUGAACGUGCGGUUGGGUUUCACCAAUAAUGUCUGCCAUGUUUACUAUUAGCAUGUUUACUAUUAGAAUUCCAUCCUCAUCAGUUGUGGGGAGGGGGGUGGGGGGGUUGGGGGGGGUUGAAUCUGCCACGUAAAAUAGAAACUGCUAGUUGAAAUGUGUGCACAUACCUGCAUGUUAAUAUGCCUUACAGAUGACUUCCUGUAUGGCUUUUACAGGGUCGCUUGGCUGACCUUUGGAUCUGAAACAUUGACUAUGUGUAUUUUAAAGUGAAUGGCACAUAUGGUGCUCAUACAAGGGGUAGCUCCUUGUUACUAUAUAAAGUUCUAUUUUUUAAUGGCAGGGCUAUGUUAGCCUUUGCUCACAGGUACUUGAAUGUCUGAACACUUGAAGGAGUGCUGAGCGUGUGGCCUUUUAAUCACUUUAUUUUGAUUAAUAAUGGUUCAGCCUAGUUUUAUAUCUGUAAUUCAUUUAUUUUAAAUAGAAAUCCCAAUUCAUCUCGUGUGCUGAAUCUCCAAUCCACAUUUAGACAUUUCAUAAUUAAGGAUGUGAAAAAUAGGCCUUGUUAUAAUGUAUAUAAUCUUGUAUAUUUAUUAUUCUGACAGAAUUGUGUAUAGUGUAUGGUUACAAACAGAUUGACAAAGCAAUGUGGGAAUAAUUAGAUGGAUAACUGUAAAGCAAAACAAAAAAUAUUUUGUAUAAGAUGUACAUUUGAGGUUUUCUAACAUUUCCAAUGUUUUUCAUAACGUAUCAUUGCUUUAUAUUAAAAAAAUCCCUACACUGGUUGGAAUAACAUGACUACACACAGUUAGUGGGAUUAAACCUACAGAGGAGUGGAGAGAAUACAAAGCCAUAUAUUGUGAUUUACUGCAUUAGCUUUCUAAACAUUAUAGUUCCAUCUAAAGUAACCUUUGUAUAGAUAGUAUCACCAAAGACUUCCAUAUCAUAUGCAGAUAUCUUCAUUAAUUUAAUUGUAUUCUUAGAAGCAUUUGCAGCUUAAAUGCAUCUGUGCUAUUGAACAUGGAUAUUGAAAAAUGGAUUUCCACAUUUUCACUACAUUUUUUGCUUUUUCUGUUUCUCUUUAUAGCUUGGAAGCUUUUUCACACUUCCUACUAGCUACCAUUCUUUGUGUACAUUUGCAGAUGUAUACUGAUAGAAUUGUAUCUCAAUUAUUGCUAGCUGAUUCUGGUAAAAGGAGGGUUUACAUGCUGUCGCUCCAGAGCCAUUACACUUGCAGUUUUCUUCCCCCAAAUCAAAUCUCUGCCAUUUGCUGACCCAUUUCAUCUAUUUGGAAUGCCCAUUUUCGUUUUGUGCUUGGGACUAAUUAGUAACAUUUACAAACAAAACAGGGCAGAAAAUUGAUUUUUAAAAUGCCAGACAGAUUUAGGAUUGACUGAUAUAAAUCAAAGAAACAAGAACAGCUUUAUGCAUCGCACCCUUGGAUUUUAAUGUUUGUUAACUACUUUUCAAAGCUCUUUUGAAUUCAUUCAUUUUCAGAAGAGUUGCUGAAAGUAUUAGUUGCACGAAUGAUAGGUGGUGGCUAUUUGUAGUAUAAAAAAUAUUAAUCUCCAAUUAAAUAGCUGGUGCAAUUAAAGAAAUUCUGGCAUGUAAAUUUUUCAUAAAGUACUGAAAGGUGUCGUUAAUGACAUUAAAGGUUACAGACUAAUUUGUUUGAACUUGAAACAAGCCUUUUAGAAUUUAAGCUUGAGGGUUGGAAGAAGAGACUUUUUCAUUUCUAAAAUAAAUAAUUGCAUAAGUCAUUUUACUCCAUGACUUACGGUCAAAGAUUUAGAUUUGCAUUUGAUCUUUUUCAAACUUUUGCAGAAAACUGGAACUGUAUCUCUCUGGAACCACUCCAGUGAGACGCAACCUCUGUAAGAAUUCCUUUGCCAAUACUGGACAAAGAAACUUUCCAUGUAAACCUUCACCCCAGUCUUUAAGUCUUACCUAGAGGCACAAAUGGUUAUGUUAGGGGGAUUCAGAAUGUUAUGUCCUUAGUUUCUCUUCCACAAGAUAACCCUUUUGCUUCAGGAGCACUGGAAUAAUUAUUAGAUGGUUACUGACAUUCCUAGGGCAGAUUUCAGUCCCAAGGGUACAUAUUCUGGUGCUGCAUGUUUCUUUAUGGUUAUUAAUUUUGACUAUUUAUAAUGAAUUUGUUCCACACAGUAUUCCAUUAUCCUUUGCACCCCACAGUACCCUAAGUUUCUGCUUCUGUAAUUAGUAGCAUUACAUUGGUUCAUUUUUAUAGAUAUAAAUGAUUAAAAGACUAGAAAAUAAAUGGAAAUUUUGUAAGAUUUGGUUUUUGUUAAAAAUAAAUGAUAUUUGAUAAUACUCAUUUGAUAUUUUAGUUUUCUUAAGUCACUAUUGAAGGGUUCCUAAUUGCUUCGUUCUUGUGGUACCUGUGGUUUUCCAGUAAUCCUAUCAAUGCAUUCUUUGUUGUAUCUGUAAGUAAAUCUGUGUACUGUAACUGAUGUGCUUUCUCCCCUUUAUGCAUUUUGCCUUUUAGGUGUUGUAGAUGCCAAUCAAACAGUUGGUUUACUUUAUCCCUUCUUCAGAUUGUAGACAUAAUUGAGAACUUUCUGUCUGAUGUGAUAGUGACAUGCUUCAACUAUUUCUCCCCCCACUUUCUUCUAUAACAUUCUAAAUGUGCUGCCCUUUUAAGUUUAACAUUUCCUUUUGUAUUCACAAAGACAUGAUACUUUUGACUUCUUAUUACAUUCUAAUAAAUUUAUUGCUAACAAAGAGAUCAGUUAUAUGGAAGAAAAUUCACUCGUGUAUUGAAAUAGUAUCAUAAUAGUAUAGUCCAAAAGGUGGUUCUUCAAAUCUUUGAGAUUACAUGAGCUGUUUCAGCUAGAAAUCCAAUCACUGUUGCUCACUGCUCCUUCCCCCAUAUCCCUUCAA